AUGUGCUUUGAAGAAACCUUCACAAGUUUGAAAGAGGACACAGGUGAGAAACCUGGAAAUGAACAAGAAGUGAGGUUGCAAAAUGCCAGCAAGCAGAUAGUGCAAGCUGCUAUCCUACAAGCUGUACAACAAGUCUCCCAGGAGAAUCAGCAAAAGGAGAAGAAAAUAAAUAGCAGUGUGAGCCUCCAGCUAGAAAGAGGGGAAUUAACCAAGAAACAUGAAAAGAAGUAAAGGCAUGAACCCUUUGUUCUGGUCCUCCAGUUUGAAGUAAUUCCAGCCUUCCUUUUAGUAUCAGCUGUUGUUGCCAGUGCAAUGUUACUACUGUAAAGCAAACCAAAGUAUAAUCAGCACCUAGACCUAGAGUAAAACUGCAAUAGUCCUCAGCUGAGAAAUAUUAAGUGCAUUAGGUGACUAACUUCAUAUUUAUGCAGUGCCUCUUAAACAUAACAGAAAACAAUACUAUAGCUAUACAAGUAGUUUCAAGCACAAUCUU